AUGAGUAAUGGGGAUGAAAUUGUUGGAAUGGCGUUUCUGGCUUUGGGGCUCUGUAUUACAGAGUAUAGGAAAGAACAUGAACAGGAGAAGAAAUUGGAAAAGUGGGGAAAAAGUAUCUGCUCCCCUGUCAUUGUAGAGUCUGAGUUAGAUAUGGCGGUAAAACCAACAGUUGCAUUAAGGGCUAUUCUCGUUGGAGGCAUAGCAGCAUUUGCUAAAAUAGCUGGUGCAAUGAAAGCUGCAGGCGGUGCAAAAAUGGGUGCAGCUGCAGCUGCAAUGACAGCAGCAGCAACUGCAGCUGUGGCAGGGUCAAAACAAGAGCAAACUGAUGCUUCUCAACAGUCUCCAAAAUAA